CCCGUUCUUUCCCUACACCUUACACACAAACACACACGCAAGAGAGACGAUGGCUGACGCUGGCGGAGAAGUUGGAGGCUGCUGCGGCUUCUUCUGCACCGGUAUUCUGCAGCAGUUCUUCAACACGAGGAGCUGGGGCACAAAUUGGACCUGCUUGGACAGCUGCUGCCGAUGCAAGUGCUGCUGGGACGACGGCGAGUUUGUGCCCGAGGACCAGCCAAAUCAUCCUUCCAACGCGCACAAGGCGGAGGCGGCAGCGGCAGGAGGCGCGCAGGGCGGCGACGAGACGGCCGCACCCCCCGCGUACAAGGCCGCGGAGCCGAUGAGCGCGACCAAGCCAGCAGAGGCAGAGGCGGAGACAGUGGCAGCGCCAGCCGCUGCUCCUGCUCCUGCUGUCGUCGAGAGCGCUGUUGGAGAUGCUGCUGCGCCAAAGCAGUGAUGAAUCACACAGACAUAUAUACACUUAUCACAUACACACCCUUUAGUCGCUCAAGUUUCAUACCCGACAUGUACGGAGAGCUGCCAUUACUCCUCUACGUAAAUCAUCUUUUUCGUCAUGCCCCCAUCGAGGCGGA